CUACGUGGAUACGCGGUCGUUGAAAUCACCGAUAGUCACUUGUUUGUUGUAAAAAACCCCAAAAAUCAACCCUUCGGUGUGACAAGUGAAUGUGGAAAAGUGACAAGUGACAAAUACCCCAACUACUGCGAUUCAAAAUCGAAAAAUAGUGAUGGUGUGUGAAAUUAGUGUGGAAUUUAGGUGUGGAAAAGCCAUUGAUUGAAUGAUCGGUCCGAGAAAACAAUGCAAGUGAACGAACUUUGAUGAUUACAAUACAAUGGGAAGUGGAGGUUUGUUCCUGUGGUACUCGGAGAUGAUUUUUCACUUAACACGUGACACAAAAAUGGCGAUGAUUCGAUCGAUCUAUAGUGUGGCUCUAAAAAUUGGGACGACAUCUUGACAUGGAAAUUAGGGACCCUCCGAAAUGACGGAAUCGACUCCGAUCUGUCGAUGCCGUGUCCUCUACUUGGGCAGUUCGGUCCCCCAACAGACCAAAGACGGUCUCCAGGGCAUCCAGGAGCCCCUCCAGGAGCUCUACCCCGACCAGGGGGCCACGGGGGCGCGAGGCAUCGACAGCUGGUUGAGCGUCUGGUCCAACGGCAUUCUCCUCGAAAACGUCGACGAGAACCACAAGAAAAUCACCAGAUUUUUCCCCAUCGAAAGUCUGCAUUAUUGCGCCGCUGUCAGAUAUGUUCUAGUCCCCGAGAAAAACACUUUGCACAGUCCCAGCCCCCGUUUCCUCCCCCUCGACUCGCCAUUCGCCCGUGCGCCAAACCCCACCCAUCCCCCCCUCUUCGCCGCCAUACUCCGCCGAACCACCGGAAUUAAAGUCCUCGAAUGCCACGCCUUCAUCUGCAAACGCGAAGUGGCAGCCAAUGCGCUCGUCCGUUGCUGUUUCCACGCCUAUGCUGACUCCUCCUACGCCAAACAAGUCGACACCGCUGGGAGUAUCUACGGCACUUUGGCCUCCGACAGACUCUCCAAUAAGGACAAAGUGGAAGAAUGGAAAAUGACCCGUUCGACCUCAGGAUCAACCAUGACCAUCAAUACCAUCGGUAAUGGUAAAGAUGACGUCAGUAUCUACAACGGUGAUGAAAACCAUAAAGUAUGGGCGGGGUCUCAAGACAAUCUUGACACAAUUUACGACGUUUACGCCUCCUCGACUAUAUCCCGCCCCUCGCGGCCCCGCCAAAUCGCCCAACCAGUCGCCGUCCCCCCUCCCCCCAUCAAAGAAAAGAAGAAAAAAUCGAAAAAAUCGCAAAGUCGGGAGGAGCUCUACCCGCCCCUCACCAACGGAAAAGCCAAUAGCGUGGCUGGGACGAUGAUUAAGCCCCGCCCACAACCCCCACCCCAACCUGUUUACAUCGUCGCCCAUCCACAAACCCUCCCCAAUCCCAAAUUCUUCAAACACCAUGGCAACACAUUUUCGCACCGCCCACGAGGCAAAAUGCUCAUCCCCGCCAGGCCUAUAGCCCCGCCCCUUGUCCCCGUCGCCCCGGUCAUUAUCCCCACUACCAUACCGAAAAAACAAAAAAAGGCGAAACAUGCCAUGGAAGAACCGAUUUAUAUGCCGAGUAACCGGGCGUUAUCACCGGUGGCGAGUUACCAACCGGUUAAUUUCCCACACGAGGCCUACUUGAUGCAACAUUAUGCCACGAUGGAGUCACAAGGGAAGCAAAAGAGGCGGGACAAAGGAAAAUUGAACAAGAAAUUGGCACAAAGUAUGAAUGGAUUGGAUGACCCGAAUUUAGGACCGCCCCCAGGCGAUGAGAGUCCCUUCAACACGGGGAUUUACCGGAAAAAGGGACAUUUGAAUGAGAGGGCGUUCUCCUACUCCAUCAGACAGGAGCACAGGAGUCGCAGUUACGGCUCAUUGGCCAAUCUCAAGUUCGCCACGCCCAUCCCCAACGGUGAUGUGGAGGACCGCGAGGAUUUGAAGAAGGAGCGCGAAAUCAUGCAGAUGGUCCAGGACUUGGACCUGUCCGGCGAUGAGUUGGAGCGCUCGGAGGUGCCCCGUACCAUGUACGAGGCCCGAGGGGGCCCCCCCGGUCCCGUGAUUGUGGCCCCCCAGAUGAAUGGGCGCGGCCACCGCCGAUAGGUUUGCUCAAUUGUUUAAAUAAUACUAUUUAAAUAAGAUAACCGGUUAAGGUGGGUUUAAAAUAAUUCAGUUUUGUAUUCUUUGCAUCACAGUUCGGUUAGACUGUCUCUAAUUUACCAAAUAUUUAUUGUAUAACCUGUAAAUAGUAGUUAAACGCUCCACAAUAUCCAUGUUCUUAUCAUUAGCAAUAAAAUACGUAUUUAGUUUACUUUAAGUGCCAUUUAAUGAAUCGAAUUUUAUCAAUUUUACAUUUAUUUUUACAAGAAAAGGCAUUUCUGUAACAUAAAUUCUCUAUUUUACGUAAUUUAAGUGAAAAAAUACACAAAUUCUACACAAAUGGCGUUAUUUCACCCACAACCUACUCGCUUUCAGGCUCUUUUAAUUGGGCUAACAACAGCGCCCUCUGUUUCUCUAAUUCAGAUUCACUCAAUUCACCACUCUUGCCCUCUGACGGUCUACGACUAACGUGUUUGUCCACUGAUGGUGUCCUCUGUCCAAAAAUCAAAAAUCAAAAUCAAAUCUAAAAACUUUUAAUUGAGACAAUAUUUACAUGCCAUUAAUCAAUCAGUCAAUGAAAAUUAUUAAAUUACAAAGAAAAAAAUAAAAGACAGUCAGUGAAAACUCACAGAAGGGCUUUUUCUCUUGUGCUUCUUCUUCGAUUUCUUCUUCCUGUACUCCUCUUCGCUAUCAUCCGAAUUCGACUCACUCCUCGAUCGACGUUUCUUCUUCUUCUCACUUUCCGACUCGCUACUCGACGAUUUGUACUUUUUACUUUUCUUCUUCUUCGAUUUCUUGGAACGGGAGUGGUGGUGACUGCACGACUCCUCCAUCUCGUGUUGGAAAUCCUAGGAAUUUUCACAUUUUACAAGUUGGUACCCACAAUAAUACCAACCUUGUAAAUCUUAAUUCGGUCAUUUUCGCACGCAAAAGCUUGAUACUCGUCCUCAUUCUCAAUUUUCGACCUCACUUCAUCCCAACUCAACUCGAAAUCAAUAUUCAUCUCACGUAAGAGAUUUUUAAAAUUCAAUUCUAAUUUUUUCAUACGUUUUGACUCCUCUUUGAGUCGUUCCUUCUCCCGGGCCUCGGCCUGAAACAAUCAAGUUGCCAUGAUUAAUUUGACAGCUGUCAAAUGUCAAUUAACCUUCUCCAAUAACGAAUUAUACGUCAAUUUGACAUUUCCGGCGUCUAAUGUCGCACUUUUCUUAUCCUCACAAAUGACAGUUGCAAACUGAUCAAAAGUCGUAUCAACUCUAACCUCAAAAUUCUUCUCUUUUAAUAUUUCUUUGAUGAUUUUUUUCUCGUCAUGAAAGCGUGCUUUGAGAUCCUCGACAUAAAACUUGAAUAAAUCAAGUGGUGUUGAUCCGUGUUGUCCUAGAAACCGUCAUGUGACCACCCCCCACUACACCACGUGACUCGCUUACCCAACAUGGCGGAGAAUCGUAUAUCGGCUGAUAUGAUUGGAUACAAUUCGACCCAAAGUGACAUCGAUGUCAAUUUUCCCUCUUCGUGUAAGUGGUCCAAAAGGGCCAAAAAUUGGUCCCGGUUUUUGCGACAUUGCCGUUUUUGGCGUUUUUUUUCGCGUUCUUUCUCCUCGACGUUUUCUUUCUCUAGGACACGGAUGUGCUCCUCGAAGACGAUAAGAGCGUCCUCUUUGUCCAUGGCGAGGAGGUUAACGUCGUUUUUGAAGGCGUUGUUAGCGAGGAGGAGAACCUGAGCUUCACUCCAUGUCGUAUCAUAGUUGAUUUUUGUCAUACUGUCUAAAACUUCAGCGAGUUUUUUCAUAUUGCGUUUUUUUAAAACUUUUCCUUCCUCUUUCUCCCGUUUAGCGAGGGCGAAAACCACGUCUUCGUAGAUGUCGCGGCGGUCGGAGUCGCUCACACAACUCCACACCUGGCAAAAAAUCGAUUAUUUUUCGUAACCAAAUGAGUGUACAAAUUUUUUGUGGUUACAGAAAUUUGUUUACGCCAUUGGCAAUGAAAAAAAUUUUUUUUUUACCUCCAAAUGGGCAAACAAACUCAUCACACUUGUUUUUUUUCUC